AUGAAAGAAGCAAGUGUGAGCACAGUAAUGGGUAGUGCAAAUAUAAUUGAGGGCUCCAGAAGAGCAUGCAUAUUAUUGCCUAUGGGCACGCAAUUUGAUAUUGCUGAUGCAUUAUACUCACCCAAGUCGAAUAGAAACUUAUUGAGUUUCAAAGAUAUUCGCAGAAAUGGAUAUCACAUUGAGACUGUGAGUGAAGGAAAGGUUGAAUACCUUCAUAUUACACGCAUUACCCAAGGUUCUAAAGCCAUUGUAGAAAGGCUACCUGCGUUCUCCACCGAAUUGUACUUUACGAAUAUAAAUACAAUCGAGGCAAAUAUAGCCGUACACCAGAAGUUGGUGACCGGACACCAGAAGUUGUCGGUCGUACACCAGAAGUGUAAUGAAAAUUUCAAUGUUUGGCAUGACCGGUUAGGCCAUCCCGGUAUAGGAAUGAUGCGAAAGAUAAUCAUUAAUUCAUGUGGACACUCAUUACAGAACCAGAAGAUUCUGCCUAAUGAUUUCACAUGUGCUACUUGUGCACAAGGCAAGCUGAUCAUAAGGCCUUCACCAGCCAAAGUAAAUACAGAAUCGAUCAAUUUUUUGGAAAGGAUACAAGGAGAUAUUUGUGGGCCGAUUUACCCACCAUGUGGAACCUUUAGAUACUUUAUGGUUCUAGUUGACGCAUCUACUAGAUGGUCACAUGUAUCCUUGUUAUCAACUCGCAACUUGGCGUUUGCGAGAUUUCUUGCUCAGUUGAUAAGAUUACGAGCACACUUUCCAGAUUUCCCUUUAAAGGCAAUUCGGCUUGAUAAUACUGGUGAAUUCACGUCUCAGACUUUUAAUGAUUAUUGUAUGUCGAUUGGGAUAAGUGUUGAACAUCUAGUAGCUCAUGUUCAUACACAGAAUGGUUUAGCUGAGUCGUUCAUAAAACGUCUUCAGAUGAUUGUUAAACCAUUACUUAUGAGAUCCCAACUUCCUGUGUCUGCUUGGGGACAUGCUAUAUUGCAUGCAGCAACACUGAUUCGCAUCAGGCCAACAAGUAAUCAUAAGUUCUCCCCAUUACAGUUGGUUCUUGGCAAAGAACCAAAUAUCUCCCACCUAAAGGUUUUUGGGUGUACGGUGUACGUCCCGAUUGCUCCACCACAGCGAUCUAAGAUGGGACCUCAGAGGAGAUUGGGAAUAUAUGUUGGAUAUGAUUCUGCAUCAAUCAUAAGGUUUUCUAUCUAA